AUGUGCUCAUCUUGUGAUUCAAAUACAUUUAAAGAGAUAAAUCACAAACCAGCUGAUUAUAAACCAAUAACAGAAAAUAUCCAACACAAUCAAAUUAAAACUAAUCCUUAUGGUCCAAAUCCUGCUGAUUUUUUAAGUAAUGUUAGUAAUUUUCAAUUAAUUGAAUCUACAUUAAGAGAAGGUGAACAAUUUGCCAACGCUUUUUUUUCAACUGAAACUAAAAUUCAAAUUGCAAAAGCUUUAGAUGAUUUUGGUGUUGAUUAUAUAGAAUUAACGAGUCCUGUUGCCAGUGAACAAUCAAGAAAAGAUUGUGAAGCUAUUUGUAAAUUAGGUUUAAAAGCUAAAAUAUUAACUCAUAUUAGAUGUCAUAUGGAUGAUGCUAAAGUUGCAGUUGAAACUGGUGUUGAUGGCGUUGAUGUUGUUAUUGGUACAUCACAAUUUUUGAGAAAAUAUUCUCAUGGUAAAGAUAUGAAUUAUAUUGCGCAAAAUGCAAUUGAAGUUAUAAACUUUGUUAAAUCAAAAGGAAUAGAAAUUAGAUUUAGUUCAGAAGAUUCAUUUAGAUCUGAUUUAGUUGAUUUAUUAAAUAUUUAUAGAACAGUUGAUAAAAUUGGUGUUAAUAGAGUUGGUAUUGCAGAUACUGUUGGAUGCGCAAAUCCAAGACAAGUUUAUGAAUUAGUUAGAACUUUAAAUUCAGUUGUUAAUUGUGAUAUUGAAUGUCAUUUCCAUAAUGAUACUGGUUGUGCAAUUGCAAAUGCAUAUACUGCAUUAGAAGCAGGAGCAAAAUUAAUUGAUGCUUCAGUUUUAGGUAUUGGUGAAAGAAAUGGGAUUACUCCAUUAGGUGGAUUAAUGGCAAGAAUGAUUGCAGCAGAUAGAGAUUAUGUUUUAUCAAAAUAUAAAGUUCAUAAAAUUAGAGACAUUGAAAAUUUAGUUGCUGAAGCAGUACAAGUAAAUAUACCAUUUAAUAAUCCAAUUACUGGAUUUUGUGCAUUUACUCAUAAAGCAGGUAUACAUGCAAAGGCAAUAUUAGCAAAUCCAUCAACUUAUGAAAUUUUAAGUCCUUCAGAUUUUGGUUUAACAAGAUAUAUACAUUUUGCAAAUAGAUUAACAGGAUGGAAUGCAAUUAAAUCAAGGGUUGAUCAAUUAAAUUUACAUUUAACUGAUGAACAAUGUAAAGAAGUUACAAAUAAAAUUAAAAAAAUAGGAGAUGUUAGGCAAUUAAAUAUUGAUGAUGUUGAUUCAAUAAUUAAAGAAUUUCAUUCAGAUUUAUAA